AAUUGGAGUUUUCUCUUCUGAAGCCAAUAAAGCAAAGCCAGUGUCUCAGUACUUGGUGCCACCACAGCACAGAGACAAAAUGGCCUCCCUUUAAAAAAUUUUUCACUUUUUCUGAUACCUUUACGCUUCGAAAUUCUCUAUUUGUCUUCAAUCUCCGAUUCCCAGUUUUUAUUCCUCUUCUUUUACCAAACACUUUCCCGCCUACCCUUUGAAGUGUUUUCUUGGUUCAUGAAUUGAAUGGUGAAGAAUGGUUGAGUAUUUCUCUGCAAAAAUUUACCUUCUUCGAGAUUCAGUUGAAUAUGGGUGGUGUUAGCAGAGUUGAGGUGAUCAACAGCAAAGGGUGUUCAAGGCUGUUCGUGGGGUUUCCAUCUUCUGGGUCUUCUUUAAGAGGAUUGCAGUCUUGUAAGUCAAUGUCUCUGGUUUCUUCCUCUGUUGGGUCUGAGUCGUUGGCUCGAUCGACAGGUCCAUUUUCCAGUCUUGUGAUAUGCGUUACGGGUCUAUCUAAAGAAGCAAGGGAACAAGUAAAGGAAGCGACAGAAAGAUUAGGGGGUCAAUACAGCCCUAGUUUACAUCCUCAAUGUACUCACUUGGUGGUUCAGAUAUCCUUUAUCAUUAUUCUUUUUCUCUCCUUUUAUUUUUUCUUUUUUAAUUUCGAAAUUUUGUACCUUUUCUUAUUUGUUGGUCAGCAUGCAUGACAGUUUGGUGAUUGUGAAGGAAAGGUGGUUUCUUUCUUUCUCGUUUCUUCCAAUAGAUAAAUUCUUCACAUGCAUGUAAAGGCAUAGAUUAUUCAAAGCAUUCUAGUCUGCAUAGUCAAUUAACCAAAUUUUCAUUUAAAAAUCAAUGGGGUUGGCAACAUUGAACGUUAAUCAUUUCUACUUCAUUUCACCUGGUGCUCUUCGGUUGGCUUAAAUAAGAAACAAAGUUUGAGGUUGAAGAGCAAAGCCUUAACACUUAUCUACAGCCUUAGUGGACGCAAGUUUGAGCAUGCUGUGAAGCAUGGAGCAAGGAAUGGUCUCUAUGUUGUCACUCUUGGAUGGUUUGUGGAUAGUGUCAAGAGGAAUGUAAGGCUGAGUGAAUCACUCUACACUGUUAAGGGUACUGGAGAAAAUGGUAUGCAGGUAGAUGAGUUGAAGCAGCUUGUUGGGUUUACUGCUGAAAAAUCAUGUCUACCUGCUGGUUUUCAUGAAGCCAUAAAAUUUGACACCGUAGAAAAACCACAUCUCCAUUCUUCUGGAGGAGACACUAACAGAAGUAUGGACUCAACUCUAUCUGGUCAUACCAUUUACAUCGAUCCAGACAUUUCAAAUGAACUCAGGAAUAAGGUUAUUGAGGGAGCUACUAAAGAAGGUGCCACAAUUUUGGAUCAAUGGUUUGUUGGUUGCAAUGCAAGUCAUGUAGUGUGCGAAGGGACUUCUGUCCAUCGAUAUAUUGGCCACUCUAACAACCUUGUUACACCACUAUGGAUACUAAAAACAGCGAAGGAGAAGUUUGUUAGGAGGCUUCUUCACAUGUCAGCUGAUUUGGCCAGGCAGAUUGGGACGGUGCUAGAAAAUACUCAGAACAGCAGCAUUGACGAGGAAAUUAAUAAGGGAAAUGCCUCCGAAGAUACUCAGGGCUUAAGAAGUAAUGUAAGUUACGAGGAAAGGCAACAGAUUGUAAAUAAUGCUAAGACCAGGAUUAGAAAUCGGCGUGGUCAUCGUAUGCAGACUUGUCAGAUGCCUAUUCGUCCAAUAGCCCCAAGCACCCUUCUGGACUCCAUUUGCUGGUCAAUAUCUGAGCCAACUUCAACUGCAUCUAUUUACACAGACUCCUUCAGUGGUGAGGACGUUAGUGACCAUCAAUCUGUAUUCUUUGAUGCAACAGACGAUGGCAAGGAUUCAGUAGCCUCAUUUACUAACUUAAUUCGGCCUCUUACAGAAAGUGAGAAAAAGGAAUUGGUAUUCAAAAACCAUUUUCUUACCAUACUAUUUCCAGUUGACCGGUUAUCUGAGAUGGGACCUUCCUCAAGGACGUAUUUCAGUGAUGAUGGCUUUACAUGUUUGCAGGUGUUGGAUCAUAUCUAUGCAUUUUACCAGGAGAACAUGUCAGCUCAAGAAAUAGAAGCUGCCAUACACACCGAUUCAAGGCAUGCUGACAGACUUCGAGGAGUGUACUCCAGUAAAGAGACAGCAGAGCAUGGACACAUGAUUUUCAAACGAAUUGAAUUCUUAGGAAGUCGUAAGAGUUUCGAGAUGUUGAAGCGUGUUAGUGGAGAUAACAAUAGUAAUGUAUACGAGCUCUUCAUUAGAGCAUGAUGUGUUCUUACUUAUCAGUCAAAUAGAUGCCCAGAGUAUAGUCAGGCCUGAAGGCAGGAUUUGUGAAUUCCCAACUGCACCACAAUUCAGAAGUUAACAGACCUUGUGGAUAGAUGAAAUCUUCACUCAUAUAACACGAAGGUCAAUUAUCAAAUUUUGUUCUUGUCCAUAGGCCAUGGCCUGUUUGUAUCUUGUUGAAUGGGACAUAUAUUGUUUCUCCCUCUGCUAGUGGGUAUCCAAAUUGCAUUAUUUUAUAGAAACAACAUUUUUUCAGCUCACAGACUGCACAAAAAAAGUAUAGUCCAAACCAUGCAAUUACAUGGUAUCCUAAAUAAAUUUUUUCAUGUUAA